AUGUCGAACGACCCAAAGACCCUCUACACCCUCCCCAUCACCGCCACCUCCGGCACCAUAACCAUCACAAUCCCACGUCCCCAAACCCACCCAACAGUCUACCUUCUAACCUUCGUCUCCCCACCGGAUAACCGUCUCCUCACCUCCUUCAUCGAAACCUUCACUCUCGCUCUCGCCUUACUCCGCACAAACCACCCACACGGUGUCUUAAUCACCACCUCAGGAAACCCCAAAUUCUACAGCAACGGUCUAAACCUCGAACAUGUAGCCUCCCAAGAUCUCUGGUGGUCCAAGAUCUUCUGGCCAUUCAUGAAGAACCUUUUAACAUACCCUAUGCCGACGGUUGCAUUAAUCAACGGCCACGCCUUCGCCGGAGGCUUCAUCACCUCCAUGUGUCAUGACUACCGCGUCAUGAACCCAUCAAAGGGAUUCUUGUGCAUGAACGAACUAGAAUUCGGAGCACCAUUGAUCCCACCAUUGACUUCCAUCUUCCGCAAUAAAUUGUCCGCAAAGACUUACAGAUCUAUUGUGCUGGAGGCUCAUAGGUUUACGGGACCACAGGCUUUGAAGGAGGAUAUUGUUGAUGCUUUGGGCGCUUUGGAGGAGACUUUUAAGCUUAUUGAUGAGAAGAAGUUGGAUAAGAAGGCUAAGAGUGGGAUUUAUAGCGUUAUUAGACGGGAAACGUGGAGGGAGACAUUUGGGUUUGUGAAGGGUGAUGAUAAGGAGUGUUAUGAUGGUGAUAAGUGGGUUAGGGAUACGGUUAAGGAGGCGGAGAGGGAGGAGGAGGAAGCUAAACAGUUGGCGCAGAGAUGGGAGAAGACCCAGGGGGCUAAGCUGUAG